AUGAGUGUUCUUCCCGUGAGGAGGGUUCACAAUGACAAUGUCCAUCCUCCAUCAGACCAGGUCUACCUGCAGGCUGCAGCUGUUUUCCAGCGCCUGCGUACAGAGAAGCCGGUCACAUGUCAACUCCUACACUACCUGAAAAAGACGGACACGCCACUGCCUGAGAGCGGAGACAAGCCCACGGAGGAACAGGCCUACCAGCUCGCAUUCAGCACGCUCAAAUAUCAAGAUUUACUGGAGGACAUGAUGACUGACAGCUGCUUCCACACUUCUCAGCAUAUUGCCGGCGACUUGUUGCCGCUGGCGAUGGUGAUGCUGUUUGACUUCCAGGACCGAAGGUUUUCGUUGCGUUCUGCAGAGGAAACGUUGGAGGCCGUCCAGGAAGUCAGGGAUCUGGAACGAGGCCUCCAGAGGUGUAAGACCAAGCUGGCAGCGUCUCUGGCCCGCUGCAGAGUGAAGCACAGCCUGCAGAGCGUCUCCUGCUUUCUGUCCCGUCCUGUCAGGACCAAACAGCACCGAGCAAAGAGGCUGCCGCUUUAUGCAUGGAUCAAUACUCUCAAGACCAGGCUGGAUGAGGUGUGCGCCGCGCUACAGGCGGCCGGUUUGAGCGAAGCGGGCAGAACGGCCGACCUGAAGGACGGGAUGUUCUGCAGAGACCCUCUCUGUUCGGACACGCUGGUCUUCUCCCAUCGUCUCCUCGCCGCGCUGCAGCACAGCAGCGUCGCCGCCACGCACACCCUCAACAUCCAGGACAGGAGUGUGUGUGUUGCAGUGAGUGUGUUGAGCCCCCUCCUCUUCGAUAAAGGCGACGUUCUGGCGGUGGGCUCCUUUUCCGCCGUGACGGUGGCGCACGUGGCCGUGGCAGCCGCCGCCCGCUCCGGCCGGGUGUUGGUGUGUGGCGCCGAUCACACACCUUCGCAGGUCCGAGAGAUGCAGGAGCUGCUGGCCCAGAUGGACAUCAAGAACGUUCGGUUCCUGUCAGAAGCUUUCCGUGGUCUCAGUGAGUGGGACGCCAGCGUCCACCGGUUAAAGGUCAUCAUCGUGCUGCCCCAGUGCUCCUGUUCGGGCCUCAGCGACCCUGUGGCCACCAUUCACAGCGAACAUGGAGACUGGGAUCUGCUGCCACACCUGUCCACCGGUUCUGUUUCCAAGAGCAAAAUACAGUCUCUGACCCAGCAGCAGGCUCAGCUGCUCGGCCACGCUCUCUCCUUCCCAAAGGUCCAGACUGUGGUCUACUGCACGCGCUCAGUCUAUCCGGAGGAAAAUGAACAGCUGGUGAAAAGAGUGUUAGAGAAAACACACACGCAUCCCAAACUGCUGCCGUUCAGGGCGAACGGUCCAAUUUUCCCUGAUGACUCCCCGACAGGAGGCACAUCAGACGUGUUCUUCAGACUCUCCCCGUCUCUGCUCUCCAACGGCUGCUUCAUCGCAAGACUGUCUCGACAGGCGGAUCCCACUAAAGUAGAAACGGUCCAGGAUGUGCUGGCGCGAGCAGCGGCGAAGGGCCUCCUGGGUGGAAUAAUUCCCGAUCAAUCAAAAACUGGUAAAAAGGGGAAGAACAAGAAGAAUCGAGCGGCUUCGGCGAGCAGCAAGCCCUCAUCCCCCUCGAGCCAAGGCGGGCAGUCAGGAGAGGAGCUCGCCAAUGGACGGGAUCCAGAGGGAAGGGGAGAGGGAGGGGGGUUCGGGGACAGUGAUGAGGAGGAGGAUGAACGGCUGGGUGAAAACCAGAAGGGAAAGAAGAAGAAGAGGAAAGGAACAAAGCAGUCGAAACAAGGCAAAAGGAACGGGGCAGUCUCCAAGCGUCAGUCAAAGAACCACAAGAAGAAAACAGCAAAGAAAAAAGUGAAAGAAUCGCAUCAGAGAAGGCGCAAAGCGAGACGGAUCCCUCGCCUCACACUGACACUGAUGUCCUCUGCUCAGCCCUCCAGCCAGCUGACUCCGAUCACCGCUCUGGCUCACAAACUCAGCAGCCCUCCUGUUCACACGGUCCAGAGCCCCCCGUCCACCGCCGCAAAGCAACCCUCACCUCCCCGGCCCCCUAAGCCCACUCCGCCCAAGAGACAGAACGCCCUGCCGGCCCGGACGGGGAUCCCUGCGAAGGACCCGCCUGGAGCGGUGAGGAAGGCGGUCAGGCUGGAGGACGAGGAGGCGCCGCUGACACGGCAGCGGCCGCUGAAGGCAGCAGGUCUGGUCCUACCGCCCAUUUCCUCCCCGUCAUCCUGCUCGCUCCGCAGCUCUCUGUCCAGGACCUCCAACUCCCAGCUCAACAUGUCUGCAUCCUCGUCCUCAGUGUCCCUGCCUGGGUUAUAAGGAACGCAGGACUUUCAGUAAGACUGAACUGCACAGUCAUGAAGACAAAGUCUUGUUGCUGGAGCUGCUGUCUCUCAGUCAGCUGUUCACUUUGCCUCAACAGUUUUUCUUUCUGUUUGAUAAAGGAGGAGUGUGGACGAAUGCUAUCCUCCCGCAGCAAUAACAUGAGCCUGAACACACAGAGGUGGAGACGUUUUCACAGCUUUUAAUAAACAUCAUCUUCCCUGGAUGAGGCUGUCUUGACAGGUUUUGCAUGACUGUUAAAUAUAUGUCCCGCCUCUCUGACUGGAGGGAUUACAAUGAGCUGGCUGCAGUCAAAAUAGUAUAUUUUACUAUUAUUAAUGGCCGAUCAACUCAAAAAAACCAGAAUGACAAGCAGACCAGCUCUGCAGAGGUGUUUUUCUUUCUACAAUUUCAACUUUUUAUGAAAGUAAACCUGUCACAUUUCAACAUAUAGGCACUUAUGUCAGUUUAAGAGAGAAAUUUUUAUUUUUUGUUUUCUUUUCUGUCGUUUUAAAGGAAACGUCUACAACAGGGUGUCAAACCCAUUUCAGUUCACGGACCUCAUACAGCUCCAUUUCAUCUUCAGCGUUCCAAACCGUUCAACAUAAAGACCAAUUUUAUUGAUUCUUUGUGGUGAAAUACAGUGAAACGUCCCAAAAACACCUCUUUUCUGUUGUCAGUGACUUCAUGGCCUUUUUACAAUUUGCUUGAUCGUUUUUUGUGCUCAUCAUUUGGAGAUUCGCUGUGAAACAGCUUACUUUCACCUCCUAAUAGUGGGGAAAAGUCUUUCAAACGGCAUGUUGUUCGGGACUGAAUGACGCUGCGGCCUCAGUGACUGAGCGCUCAGCAGCCAAACGCCUGCCUGGAAGCCACACGUCUGAAUAAUUCAUCAAAACAUGAACAGGUGAUGAAAAUAAUCAGGCAGACACGCGGAGGCCAGCUGCUGUGUUUUAUAAUGCUGUUUAUUCUCACAAUUGGUUACAUUGAUAAAGUGUACAAAUCAGUGAGCAGCAAACGGAAGCCGACACAUCCAUCUGAGGGUGUGUGUAUGUGUGUGUGAGAGAGAGUGUGUGAGAGCCUGAUAGAGACGCCAUGAGUCCUCUGCGGUGACCUUCUGGCAGAUCGGCAGUGGACUCACGGCUCUCGGUACACUGUACACGGUGAAGAUAUAAUCCAGUAAUCUGCAUUGUUUUUCCUGCGAAGCGGCGCUUGUUGUAGCAUUGUGAGAUAACCAGAGACUGAGACGAUGACACCGGGGCGAGGAACGCGUCCCGCCCCAACUAAUAAAAUCAGUAUAUACCUUUAUAAAAUAGAAUAAAUAAAAUAAAAAAUAUUUCUGUUCAAUACAUACAGUCUUCCUUUUUAACCAUCCAAAGGGCAUGCAAGGCUUCUCAUGACUUUCCUCUUCUCCAGAUCAAAAUAAUGCAUAGAUAAUUGCUCAGUUAAAUUCUGUAUCAACUUAAUCGACAACUGUGGAAAAUCUCCAAUUGCCAUGACUCUUUUCAUUAUUUGCUCUCGUAGUUUUCUUAUCUACAACAAUGUAUAUCAGUAAUUUACACUUUGGCCAUUUGGUGAGUUU